AUGUACUUGACAGUUGCUGCCUUAUCCCUAAUUCAUAUCGUUGCGGGGGAUAUCUCAGUCCAAGCGUUCACUGACACUCAGUGCGCUGGAAGUAGUGUGGGCACCAAUGUGCAUUCGAAUCCCGCGGGCGUUCACGAUGGAAGCGGCUGCAUCGCAUCUUCUACAUUCAACUCGAUCAACACUAUUUCUGUCGACGCCGGCUUUCAGUGCAACAUAUAUUCUGACACUGCUUGCCAAAACUUCCUCACCACAGCGAAAACGGUGGGCUGUCUUCCCGUGAUUGGCCAAGGCAUCAUCUGCUUCAGUCAAGAAUCAUUCGACAAUCCUCUGGCUGGCAGCAAGGCUGUUAUCGGCAUUGGCAAGAAUAGCAUUAUCGCUAGGACUGAGGGCGACAUUCGCAACGUAGUGGACCGGGCGCUCACUAACGCCUGUGGCAAUACAGUCUGCGAUCCCAACACAAAUGAUGUCGUUACUUAUCAGUUUGGCUUCGAGUGUGAAAGUGGUCUUGCCGACCCCGCGGGUAGCAAUACGGGAAUCUUCUGUGAUAAAAAAGAGAAGUGCACGCAGACGGUGUCAACCUCUGGAGAUUAUGAUAAUACAGAACAAAGAGACUAUAUGAAGGAAUUGCUGAAAACGACGAUGAAGCAGGGUACUUCACAAGCUGCAGUACCACAAGACAGUGAUUUCUUCAAGUCAGGGGCAAGUGAAAUCCUCAACAACCAACUUUCAUUUGCUCAGGUUGUCAUAAAUGACCCUAAAGGUGCAAAUCUGGCACAGGUAUGCUAUUCAAAAUCUCUCACUGAUGCUUCAAAGACUUUUGAGACUGACAACGUUCUGUUAUAA